AUGUCGAGAUUGAUCGGGUUGAUCCUGAAUUUCCUCACCAUAUGUCUAGCCAAGCACCUCAUGCUCGUACGAAACUGCGACCAUAACCAUUUCAUGUCGACCGGACCCUACAAUAUGACCCGGAAGGAGCUACCGCCGGUCGAGUUGGGGAAGACCUUUCAUUGCUACACCCUAAAACAAGGUUAUAAAAAGCUCGACAGCGGCCAGGAGAUGUGGUGGCUUGACGGGAAGAGGAACGGAAAACGAUUUCAUAUUCCUCCGACGAAUUGCACGGUAUCAGAUGAUACAAAUUAU